UUUUUCGUACUGAUGUUAUUUCUUCACUCAGAUUGCAGAAAAAGUAGUGCUUUGAAUUUGGACGCAGGUUACGGGGAUUUGGAUAAAUAAAAAACACAGAUCCCACUGUUUCGAUUGCAUUAAAAAGUUAAUUUUUGUUAUGUAUAUAGUGGUUUGUUCUUUAUAUUCUGACAGUUUUCCUUAAAAUUAGAUUUUAACAACUGCUAUAAAUUGAAUUGUCACCCCUGUUUUCUUUUAUUCUUGCCAAUAAACAGCCCCAAUUUUAAAUUAACUAUGUUUAUAAAAAUGGAAGAUCUCAGUACAUUUUGAAUCCGUGUUACAGUUGGCGGUUUAAGAAUACAGUGUAGAUACAGUCGACAGAUUUUAUUUGUAAAUAUGAAAAAUAAGGAGCUUCGUCAUCGUGUUUAGUUUAUUUUCCUUCAGGAUUUUUUGCUUAUCGUAUUAGCUGGAGGUGAUUAUGGCUCAUGUUGUUCUGAUGGGUGCCGUCCUCUGAUUUUUUUGAUUUUUUUUCAUGCGGUGCACACAGGAACAGAAGAUCUGCCAGCGCUACGACCAGCUGAUGGAGGCGUGGGAGAAGAAGGUGGAGCGAAUGGAGAACAACCCCAGACGCAAAGCCAAGGAGAGCAGGACGCGGGAGUAUUACGAGAGGCAGUUCCCCGAGAUCCGCAAGCAGAGAGAGCAGCAGGAGCGCUUCCAGAGGGUCGGGCAGAGAGGAACGGGCCUUUCUGCAACGAUUGCAAGAAGCGAACACGAGAUUUCAGAGAUCAUAGACGGCCUUUCUGAGCAGGAG